ACCUCUGAAGCGUUGCCAGAUAGUCACACAGAGCAUUUUGAGCUGGACACGAUUUCAAGCAGAGCAAGAGAGAAGAUCAGCCACGAUGAUGCUAACGUCGGAGCUAAAGAGCCGUCACUUUUGGGCCAGCGCCCUGAUAGAGCUGAUCGCAACUUUCUUUUUCAUCUUCCUGACAACUGGUACAACCAUCACAUGGAAUCCGAUGCAACCUCCGUCGACAGAGCUGAUUUCUUUGUGUUUCGGACUGAGCAUUGCAACCCUGGCGAUGUGUAGUUUACACCUCAGUGGCGGGCAUAUCAACCCCGCUGUUAGCAUCGCCAUGAUGGCCGUUCGAAAAGUGUCAGUCAUUCGAGGGAUAACUUACGUAAUUUUUCAAAUUGUCGGAGGUAUCAUAGGCUCAGCGGUAUUAAAAUACAUCACACCAAAAGAAAAACGCGGAACACUGGGCGCCACUGUCCCAGCUGCCGGAGUGACCGCAGGUCAAGCAGUUGGUAUUGAAAUCUUGCUGACAUUCCUGCUGGUUUUCACUGUGUGCGCGAGUACUGACCCGAAGAGGAAUCAUUAUGGAUACGAAGUCCCUCUGUCAAUUGGCCUUUGCGUGGCCGUGUGCCAUUUCAUUGGGAUUGGUUUUACAGGGUGUGGCAUUAAUCCUGCGCGCUCGUUUGGUCCAGCUGUCAUCAUGAAUACCUCCAAAAUCUGGGAAAACCAUUGGGUGUACUGGAUUGGUCCAAUUGGGGGAGGUUUAAUUGCAGCAGUUCUGUAUCAGGUGAUAUUUCGAACGAGGCAAGAACAAGGCCCAACGGCUGGUUCUGUGAAUGAGUUGGACAACUAUCAAGAUUCCAAGAUCUAAACUGUGAAGGAGUAUUAUCAUCGCUUAUAACGCGACUUUCCUGUAGAACGCUUAUUUACAAUGUUCAUUCAGCUUUUAAAAGGUUGUGGCCUGUAUCAAAGUAGCUUCACCAGGUAUUGCUAUUAGAGUUUUAAUAAAGAAAUCAACAUAAGUGAUUUUGUAAUCAAUAUGAAAUGGUCCUUUUUUGUUAUGAAGAAUGAUUCAUUUCUACGCGCAAAAGUACCAAAAGGGCUUUAGCUUUAGGUAGUCAUGUUUAUGAGAAUUUUUUAUGAGGAGAACAGCAGUGAUUUAGCAAUAUAGAUAUCGAAGGGGCCUUUUUAACGAAAAACGAUUCUUUUAAUGCGCACCAGAAUAAAAAGUUUAGGUAGCCAUUUUUUAAUUCUAUCACAAAGACUUAACGUACAUUUUUGCUUGCGUUUUGGCCUGAGAAGUGUUUAUCUUUGUACGACACAAAGCAAGAAUGUUUUCACGCUUGUCGUGUUAUUUUGUAAACCUUGGACAAGCACCUUGGGAUUGAUUAGAAUCUGUCAGUAACUGAAUUAACAUUGGUAGCUAGAUUUUAGCGAUUUGUUACACUUUUAAAAUAUAUACAGGCACAUUCAUAAGUGUCAUUUGAGGACAGGUUCCAGAGGAUGAUGGACCUUUAAUUCCCAGAAGUGAUUUUCAAGUAACUUAUCUUUGCAACGUCGAUACAUCUAUCAAAGACAGACAUAAUACUUAAGAGUUAGUUUUUGUUUGUAAUACCUAAUUCUCUUUUCUACCUUACGAAGAAAUUAACAGGAAAGGAAAAUUACCAGUCAGACCUGUGAAUGACGAAAGGCAAUAUUCCCAUUGCAAGCCUAAUUUUAUCUUUAGUUACCAAUUUUUUAAUAAUACUUUCAUAACUUACUGACAAGCAGUUGUGGUAGAAAGUUUUUAAUGUUUUUUUUGGAGCUUCAAGGGUUGUGCAUUUACGUUUUUCACGUGAAGAAUAAGGUUAUUUGAUUGGGUAAUAAGCUUAAUUAGGAUUCGAAGUUGAUAUACAUCCAGCCUCUUACGACCAUGCCUGAUGUUUAAAUAUCAUGAUUUUGAGACAUUUUCACGUCUUUCAUUAUCAUAUACUUUAUUCAUGAAAAAGAAAAUAAAAAUUUCAAAAGUUCUG